AUGUGGCAGGCGCUCUUUACUAAGGAGUCUAUGCGUUGCAAGGAAAGGCUUUACAUGCUUAUGCCAAGCGGGGCAAUUCGCCAUGGCAUCUGCAGCGGCUCAUCGGCAAGUUGCGCAUCCGCAUCUUUAAAGGAACUGCCGACCAACACGUUCCCUAACGACACCACGACCUUGAUGCCGUUCACAAACCCCAACGACGACAACAACAUCAUCAUCAAUAACAUCAUUGUCAGCAACAACAUGAUGAUGGCCCCCACAAAAUUCCAGAGCGGGAUAUCCGACAUGCUGCUAUCCGGCCGCCGAGCCGGUGCCGUACUCUUGCCGCUGCAGCCUGCUCCGCUGCCGCGGUUCCUCGCGUCCGCGGCCCGCCGCCCUCCUCGGCCUCCUAGCCCUAGCCCUCGGGACAGUCCUCGGGACAAACAAAAAAAACAGGGUCGUUAUGUGCGACCCCCGGCGCAUGCCCUGCGACCCAUGGGUCAUAGCCAUCUUGCUAAUGACAUUGCUGUUUCUGUUCGUGGCCAGCGAUACAGGGCCGUCCAGGGAGCCCCCUCCAACUACAACAAUAUAAUCAAUGAUGGUUUGGGUGAUGGUGGCGGUGGUGGUGGUCGUGGUGGUGGUGGUGGCCGUGGCGGUGGUCGUGGUGUUUACGGCCGCAACCAGCAGCAGGAUUUUGUACCCAGCAGGGACACGCAGCGCGCCGCCAUUCUGGCGGCCGGGAACCGAUAUCAGGACAUCCUCAAGGUCUGUGUCGUGUCCGUGUCAUCCAAUCAGGUGGUUCAUGAUGUAGACAACAGGCGCAGCAGCAGCACUAGCAGUAGCAGCGGCGGGGAGGGCGGGGAAGGUCUGACGCCUGCCAACGUGGCUGUGGCAAUACACCGACUGGGCAGCUGCGGGGUGCAGGCGGGGAGCCAGGAGUCGGUGGCGCUGCUUAGUGACCCACGGUUCAUUAGGCUGGAGGAGCUGGCAGGCCACACUCCCGGGCAGCCCCUCCUCCGUGCGCUCACCGCUCGGCUGCUGGUGGCGCUGAAGGAAGAGUACGGCGGAGGCGGAGGCGGCGGAGGCGCCGAGAAGUUGGGAGGUCACAACAUGAAGACGGCGCCGCCGCCGCCGCCGCCGGCCCCCCGGGUUGCCCCGGCAAUAACAAAAGCGGGGGCCCGGUGGGUAGGGGCACCUCACCUGAUGGAGGCCGAGCAGGGCCCCAGCGAGCAGUACGGACAGUACGAGCAGCAAUUGCCUUCCCCCCUUCCCGGUCCCCAAGCGGUGUCCAUGUCCCUGAUGGGUUUGGCCAAGUUGGGUUGGACCCCAGGGUGGGAGUGGCUGGAGGAGCUGACUAAGAACCAUAUGCCGCUGGUACGGCAGUUCAGUGCGCAGGAGGUUUGCAGCUGCCUCUGGUCGCUGUCGAGACUGGGCCACCGCCACCCCCAGCUGCAAGGCGCCCUGUACGCCCAGGCCCUGUCGCGUGUAUCAGACCUCACCCCCCCGCACAUCUCCACACUGCUGCUGGCGGCUACUCGGCUCCAGGGGAACCGAGCCGCCACUCGGCCCGAUAAGGGCUAUAUCAGCAGUAGCAGCAGUAGCAGUAGCAAUCAGAAGAAGAAGAAAAAGAAGAAACAGAUAAAAUUGGAUCCAGACCAGGAGGGCCUUAUUCCGGAGGAGCUACUGGAGCAGUGUUGCGAAAUGUCGUCCAAGAAUCUCAGGCUGAUGGCCCCCAGGGACCUGUCCAACAUGAUGUGGGCACUUGCCAAAUUAGGCUACCCUCACCAGAAGCUCUUAUGGAGUGCGGCGCACGAGGCGGGCUUGCAGCUGGAGGCGGAGGUGCAGGCGGCCGCGGAGGAGCUCAGCAGCCGCAGUACCAGCCGGACGGGGCGGAAGGGGGGAGGUGGCGGGUCUACUGCCGCUGCUGCUGCUGCUGCUGGCGGCAGUAGCGGCAGUAGCGGUGACUUGCGUUCUUCCUCCAGUUGGUCCGGUACGGAUAUCGCCAGGUUGAGUUGGGCGUACGUGAAGAUGGAGUUUGUCCCUCGGGAGCCGUACUUGGAGCAGAUCUGUCUCCACAUGUCUAACCGUCAACUGUUGUACGGAUACUCCUGGACAGACCUCGCUCAGUCCGUGUGGUCGCUGACGUCCGCGGGGUACUGCGUCCCGGCUGUGUUGGCGGUGGUGGAGCGGGAGGUGGUGGCGCGCAUGGCGGCGGCGGGGAAGGCGGCAGCGGAGGCGACGGAGUUGUCGCAGGGGCAGCGCCAGCGGCAGCUGCCGCCGCUGCCGCAACCGGGGGAGGCCGCUCAGCUGUUGUGGUCGUACGGCAAAGUACAACACCCCGCACCUGCGCUGUUCGCUGCGCUACUGCCUUUCCUGUCACAUCGCCUCGCGGAUACCAGUUUGCCUGACGUCUGCAUUUCGCUAUGGGCGGCGGCAAGGAUGUACGGCACCGAUGGCGGCAGCGGUCAACGCAGCGGCGACGUCGGAAGCAGUAGCGGCGUGUACGACAAGGAGUUUAUGAGCGCUGUCGCCUAUCACUUCCUUCGCUCAGACAAUCGCGUAGCGAAGCAGAUGCAGGCGCAUGAUGUGGCUACUGUUGCAUGGGCGUACGGCAGGGUACGACAUGAGGCACGGCCGCUGUAUGACACACUAGUAGAGCGCGCGUUGUUGCAUGGCGAGACGCUGCCGACACGGGAGAUGGCCUGUAUCGUGGCCGUCACCGGUAUGUUUGGCUGGCACUACCCGAAACUGGUGAAGGCUGCAGAACAGCGAGUCGAGGUCCUUUGCAGACAAAGGGGCCUUAUUCCGCCGCCACCGCCGCCGCCGCCGCCAAAGGGUGGAAAGAAGAAAGCCGUUAAGAAAGGGCAUGCCCAGAAGCAGCCCCGGCCCUCCGCAACCGCCCCAACUACCUCAACCGCCACGUCCUCUUCUUCCUCACCUCUUGCGGGGACGCACUUCAAGGUUUCGGAGCGAGACCUUUGUCAGCUGGCGUGGGGGUUGAGUCUGGUGGGUCGAUGUACCCCCGAGCUGUGGAGCCGUACGAUGCUGCUGUUGAGCGACGUCGUACGGCGGCGGAUAGGGAUGGAGACUGCGCAUGAGCGGCAGCAGGCAGCGCAGCAGGGUGGCGAGGGCGGCGGCGGCGCUGUCGCUGACCGGAACACUAGCAGCGGCACUAGUAGCCGCAAUUCCAAGCGCGGCCUGGCUGGUGCUGGUGCUGGUGCAGGUGCUGGUGCUGGUGCUGGUGCAGGGGCUUCUUCCGCGGCUGUAGGUGGCGUUGGCAGCGGUGUGGUGGCGAAUUUGCUGUUCGAGGACGGCGCUUCCGGAGAGGAGCUCGUGCAGCUGUACCAGGCCUCCCUCAACAUCCAGCUGGACCACCCCGGCGUCUCCCUGGAGCCCGCACCCGCCGGAAUGCUGACGCGCGGGGCCAAGCUGUGGCGGUUUCGGAGCGGAGCGGGUAGGGCCGCAGCGGGCUCCCUGGAGCGGGAGGUGCUCGCGACGCUGCGGAGAAUGGGUCUCUCCCCGGUGGUGGAGGUUCCGGCGGAGGCAGACGGCCUAUCGUUCAUUGGUGUAACGCAGGAGGUACGAUCGCCAACGGCACCUGCGGCGGCGGCAGCAGCUACUGCCGCCACUGGCGCCGCCACGGUUCUCGAUGCCGGCAACCUGCCUCCCGUACUCCGCAAGCAGAUUCGUGUGGCUGUGGAGGUGGAUGGUCCCGAGCGCUUUACCGCGAAUACUUGGAAACCGCUGGGUACUACCUUGUACCGCCGCCGCUGGUUGACGGCGCACGGCUGGACGGUCGUGAGUGUGCCGUACCGGGAGUGGCAGUUGGCUAUGAGGGAUGAGGCGAAGGAAGCGCUGUUGGCAAAAUGCCUGAGAGAGGCGGAGGUGCAGCGGGGGAGGGAGGCGGAGCUGCUGAUGAAGGCAAAAAUGCCGAGCGACACAACCGGACGAGGAGGAGAGAAGCAGCAGGAGAAAAAGCUAAAAAAGCCUGGAAAGAAGCCGAAGAAUCCAAAACGCAAAAACUAA